GGAUGGCGCCCGCGGGGACCGAGGCCGCCCCGGCCCGCCGGUGAGGUGCCCGCCGCCUGCCCCGAGCCCUGAGCCCGGACCACGAUGAACAAACUGACCUUCCACAACAACAGAGUCAUGCAGGACCGCCGCAGCGUUUGCAUUUUCCUCCCCAACGACGACUCCCUCAACAUCAUCAUCAACGUGAAGAUUUUGUGCCACGAGUUACUGGUGCAGGUGUGUGACCUCCUGAGGCUGAAGGACUGUCACCUCUUUGGGCUCAGCGUCAUCCAGAACAAUGAGCACGUGUACAUGGACCUGGCCCAGAAACUCUACAAGUAUUGCCCCAAGGAGUGGAAGAAGGAGGCCAGCAAGGUCAGCGGUGAGGUCUUGCAUGGAGAGCUGACGGCAGUAAGGCCACCUCUGUCCCCGUCGCAGGGGAUCGACCAGUUUGGCCCCCCGAUGAUCAUCCACUUCCGAGUGCAGUACUACGUGGAGAACGGCAGGCUGAUCAGCGACCGGACAGCACGUUACUACUACUACUGGCACCUGCGGAAGCAAGUGCUGCACUCGCAGUGUGUCCUGCGCGAGGAGGCUUAUUUCCUCCUCACCGCCUUCGCCCUCCAAGCUGACCUGGGCGACUUCAAGCGUAACAAGCACUAUGGGAAGUACUUUGAGCCCGAAGCCUAUUUCCCCGCCUGGGUGGUUGCAAAGCGGGGCAAAGACUACAUCCUGAAGCACGUCCCAAAUAUGCACAAAGAUCAGUUUGCCCUGACAGCCUCCGAAGCCCACCUCAAGUACAUCAAGGAGGCCGUCCGGCUGGACGACGUGGCUGUGCACUACUACAGGUUGUACAAGGACAAAAGGGAGGUGGAGGCCUCCCUGACGCUGGGACUGACGACACGGGGCAUCCAAAUCUUCCAGAACUUGGAUGAAGAAAAACAGCUGCUCUACGACUUCCCCUGGACAAAUGUGGGCAAACUGGUGUUUGUGGGUAAGAAGUUUGAGAUCCUGCCGGAUGGGCUGCCCUCGGCCAGGAAGCUCAUCUACUACACGGGCUGCCCGCUGCGCUCCCGUCACCUCCUGCAGCUGCUCAGCAGCAGCCACCGGCUCUACAUGAACCUGCAGCCCGUCCUGCGCCAGGUCCGCAAGCUGGAGGAGAAUGAGGGUAGGUGACACCCCCCUGCCCCGCCCUGGGCUGCAAAUCCCACCCGAGCCCGGCUCCCACGCCCCUUUUCUGCC